ACAUUUCAUUCCCAAGUGCACAUGAACUCCCUACAAUUUACUCAACUCCUUAUAAGAGCAUCUCAUUCCUUAUCCCAUAAACCUUUUUCAAAUCAUAUUUCGAAGAGAUCGUUCACCAUGUCAACGCAGUUAUCGAAAGAGCCCAGACGGUUCGCGCCGCUCAAGGAGGGGAGCGAAAACACGAUAGAAGGAGCGCCGAAGCUAAAGGGCGUUGUGUUUGAUGUUGAUGGCACUUUAUGCCUUCCCCAAACCUACAUGUUCGCCGAGAUGCGCGCUGCCGUCGGCAUCCCACCCGGCGUCGACAUCCUCGAGCACAUCUACCAGCUUCCCUCCGCCGACCAAGAAGCCGCGAUGGAGAAGAUCCGGGGCGUAGAGCGCAGCGCCAUCGCCUCGCAGUCGCCGCAGCCCGGGCUCGUACCGCUCAUGAGCUACCUGGAAAGCAAAGGGAUCCCGAAGGGGAUCUGCACGCGCAACUUCGAGACGCCGGUGAACCACCUGCUGGAAAAGUUCCUCGCGGGCAAGCUGUUCAGCCCUAUCGUCACGAGGGAUUUUCGCCCCCCGAAGCCAGACCCCGCGGGCAUUUUGCAUAUUGCGAAGACGUGGGGUUUGCUGAAGGGCGAGGGCGUGCCGGAUGCUAGUCAGUUGAUUAUGGUUGGGGAUUCAAUAGAUGAUAUGACGGCAGGCUAUAGAGCUGGCGCGGCGACGGUGCUUUUGGUUAAUGAGGUGAAUGCGCACUUGGCGACGCAUGAACAUACAGAUCUAUGUGUCUCGAGACUGGAUGAGUUGAUUGAGGUCUUAGAAAAGGGGUUUGUGGGAAGGAUAGGCAGGGGGGAGGAAGAGAGCGAUACUAGAGGCCGAGCAGAGCGGGUAUUGAGGGAAGCCAAGGGGGAGGAAGCAUUAGACAAAGAGUAGAAUCAAGAACCAGUAUCAUAGCCUCUCGUUAUCCAUCUAUGAGACGCCUCGC